GGAGGCACGGUGUCGGAGGUUUUCGCUAUCUCGGUUGCCGUCGUACCCAUAUGCUCUGCGAGUAGAGAAAUUCACAAAAUGCAUCCGAAUAUGAACGACUUCCAAGCUGUCGUUCUGGCUGCCGGAAAAGGCUCGAGGAUUACAGAUCUCGUUUCCUGUGAUGAAUUCAAGUGUAACGUUCAGAUCGGUAACCGGCCAAUGCUCUUCUAUCCGCUCCGGAAUCUCAAGAACGCCGGCUUCAAAGAGGCAACAGUCAUUGUUCCUAAUAAAUACAGAGCCGAUGAGAAUAUCGCAAAGGAGCUGCAGCUACACAUCGAUUACGUGAACGUAAACGUGGAGCUCGAGGACCAGGGAACUGCCGAGAGUUUACGAUUGAUCAAGGACCGUUUGAAACCGAACCGUCACGUACUCCUGGUCUCCUGUGACCUCAUCACCGACAUAGACCUCUCUGAACUCUGCGUGCGGCAGCGUGUCAGUGAUGCUCUGCUCACCCUUCUACUGGCACCACUUCCUACGCAGCUCACCGAGUGUGCCGUUCCGGGGAGCCGAAAAAAGUUCCAACCUGAAUGCGACAUCGUCGUCCUCCAGACAGGCACUCAGCGACUCCUGAAGUUCGGAGCCGCAGCCGAUUUCGCCGAGAAUGUGACGUUCCGACAGAAACUCGUCAGACAAUUCCCGAGCAUGCAGCUGCACUCGGAUCAGCUCGAUUGCCACGUUUACGCUCUGCACCCGAAAGCCGUCGAAUUCGUGCUGACGCACAAACUGCUGGCUACUUUCAAGGGCGAAGUACUUCCCAAGUUGGUUGAGAAACAAUUCAGCAAAAAAGAUCUCCGAGACGAAGACCGCAGCAAAGCGGACACGCUCGACACGCUCAAAUGCUACGCUCUGCUAUCGACAAGUUUCGCCCUACGGGCCAACACACUACAAGCGUACAAGAUCGCCAACGGAGAGGUGAAGAAUAUUUUCCAUGACCUCUUCCCCGGAGGGAGUGAGAACAUUUUCAAAGAGAAGACGCUCCUCCAUAAAGUCCAAGCCAAGAAGAGCGUCAUCGGGGCUCGGGUCACCAUCGGUACCGGUUCGAGGGUACUCUCGUGCGUGAUCCAGGACGAUGUCGUCAUCGGUGAGGGUGCUCUCAUCCAAAACUCGAUCGUGUGCAGAGGAUGCAAGCUCGGUAAAAAUGUCAGCGUGAUCAACUCAUUCCUGGGUGCGCGAACGCAACUCGGAGAAGGGAAGGGUGUCACGAAUGAGAGUGUGGGGAUCUCAAGUAUGGAGUUUGAAUAAAUUCCGCGAGA